AUGGUCUGGUUCCCGCUCAACGUCGAGGAUGGCGCAGUGUCAUGGAGUUUUGACAUCGUUGGAUUGCUGGCAGUUGUCGGAGGAUCUGCCAUCGAGAAGCAUGCGCAGGCUAUCACCGCAUCACCAUUCGGCAGUUUUCCUCGUCUCCUGCCCGCCCCUGAGACGAUGCUGAACACCGAUCGCCCAACGCGACUCCCCGCUGUCAAAGACGUGACCGUCGUUGGCGUCUACUCCGGAAAUAAGUUCACCGAGCUCAACUUCUUCGCCGACGUAAUCCACAACAUUGAAUCGUUGCCUCCAUUCUGGUUUCAGUCCUUCCGAAUCUCACACAAGGCGGACGCAAACGCGGACCUCGACAAAGAUGUCGAGCAGAAGGGAGGCCCUCCGAAGGCCGUGAUCCCACUCCACAAGUUUUGCCCACUCAACCUUGUGACUUUUGCCUCCAUCCUGAUGACCAUCGCGCUGUUUGUCUGGGCUGGUGUCCAGCAUGAGGCGGUAGGCCUACUCGGCCUAGGGACGAUGUCAUUGUCCACCAGUAUGGCUUGCAUGUCGGCACAGUGGCGCCCAUCUCUUUCAGUCCGUAAGGCCACGGGCAAGGUGGUCGAUGGAGACGUUGUGAUCCGGACGCGGUCAGGUGCCUUCGUUUGUGUCAAAUGCACUGAAGAAGUUGCGCGCGAGCUGUACGCUGGAACGGAAGUGUGCGACUAUGUCUUCACGGGACGGUAUCAUCAAGCUCUCCUUGCCACGAGUACAGUAUUGCUGAUGGCUGCGAUCAUCUUCUUCAGCAACACCGGUUGGAAGAUUCAGAUUGCAGUUGGCCUUGCUUAUAUCAUUCUGAACCUCGCCUAUUGGGCCAUGGCGCUCUUGACAGAACCCUCAGAGAUGUGGAAUAUGGAGGACCGAUACGUGGUAGAGAAACUUGAAGACCAUGAAAACGCGAAUUUCACUUUGGUGUUGUGGGACGCUAUCCGGACAACGAAACGAAUAGGCUGGGCGAAGAAGACGCAAGCUGCACCGGCGACAAAGAACUGGGCUGGCUGGCUGGCCGAAGCGAAGGAGAAUAGCCAUAAACAGGACUGGGAUCCGGAGGGAGCGCGCGAUAAAUGGAUGCAGAUGAAGCUCGAAAAGCAUGAGGUCGAUGAUGACGAAUAA